AUGACCGAAAAACCGAUCGAAUUAUCCGAUUUACCACCGGAAAUUCUGCAAUUAUUGGUGGAGAAAUGUAAUUUCGUUACAAGACGCCGACUCCGCGCUUCCUCCUCUCUCAUGUAUCAAGUCGUCAAUUCCACUAAACUAUACAUUCCAUCAGUAAAAAUGACGCUCUGGAAUAAAGCAGUAAUUGUGGAGCUUACACCCGAAAAGUCCAAAGACGAUCACAUUGUGCUAUUCAUGAAAAAUCAUAAAGGCGAAACACGAAUGGAGUCUGAUUUUCGAAAGGAAGUGUUAGUUGAAAACUCGGAUCCCAUGGACGCAGCGAUCGAAUGGUUCAGACAGAUGUGUCUCCAAAAGAACGUGACAAUCGGACAGUUACACCUGGGCAACGUCAACAAAUUGACAGAAAAACUGGAGGGAGUUCUUGUGAAAAGUGAAAUUCGAUUGAAAAUUAGAUCGAUUCUAUGUUCGGAAACAGAAUCUGAAGAUUUGAUGUGGAAGGUUAUGGACUAUUGUGACAAGAGCCUUCUGAAAGAGAUGAAAGUGGAAACGGCGAAUACCGAUGCGGUUUUCGAAUUGUUUGGAAAGCAGGACGGAAUUGUGAAAAAUUUGGAGAAGAUUGAGAUCGACUCCCUCUGCAAUGUCUCCGAUGAAGACGUUCUAUCUCUCAACGCAUCUGUAAUCUCCUUGAAAUCCGACUAUUUCUCGGACGAUUUGGUCUACAAACUCAUUGAAAAAUUCACAAACAAGAGAGAAGACGGAUCUGCAUUCUGUAUUCAGAACUCGCAAGAAGAAAAUUUGGAUUUGGAAAUGAUUCCGCCAGGAUUCGAGGAGACCAAUAGUACCAACGAAUACAAGGAAUACCGCAACCAACUCAUCGACACCAAUCAUCCGACCGUCUACCUCCGUGUCAGUGAUGAUCGAGUUCUCCUUCAAAUCGGAGACACCAAAAAGGCGAACUUCUGGAUUGAAGAUGAAUCCGAUUCCGAAACAAGCGAUGAUUCUGAUUCUUCCCCUGGAUGGGAAAGUGAUUAUAACGCGUAUGAUGGUGGAGUCUAUAUUGAUGUCGGGAAUGAUGAGUACGCAUCCGAUCCGGAAUUUCACGGCUAUCAUCCAAAUCAUGAUUAUUCUUGGGAUUAA